CUCAGAGUGGGUGGGCUGAGCUGUUCUCUCGCUUCUAUGGCAACCCCAGAGAUCAGCAUCACCGGGAAUAUUAACGGGAUCAGAGCGACUCGGGACGGAGGAGGCGGUGAUGUCAGCGGUGCCCUGUUGGUGUGGGCCACUCGAUUGUGAUUGACAGCCGAUCUGCGAUUCCUCAGACUUUAUUUAUUGGCGCUCGCAGAGCGACACAGUCAGUGCCUUGAAGCUGGAGACCACUGGAUUUGGGCAGCCAGGUAGAAUAAUGCGCCGUGGCAUGUGCUUGAGUGAAAGACAGCUCGGAUUGACCCUUCAGACAAUUCGGGUGCACAUGGAUUUGUAGCAAUACGUACUGGAUUCGUUUGUCAUUGAAUUGAUCGCGCGCCCGUUUCAAUGUCAUAAUGGACAGGUUGCAUUCGUCCAUGCGUAAAAGUCUCUACAGUUUGCCUCAGCACAUCGGGCAAAAAGCGUCCAUCAUGGGUGAUGCAGAAGACACCGACAAAGACACCCGGAGGAGGAGCAUCCGGAUGAAGCCCCUGCCGUCCCCGAGCUCCGCGGGGGACACCAAAAGCGGAGAGUCCGUGAUCAUGGAAACGGACAUCGGGAGACCCGUGAAGACCAGCUCCAACGGAGAAUGCCGGAGGUUCCGAGGGAGCCUUUCGUCCAUCACCAGCCGGCACGUCCACGACUCGGAUGUAGCGGAGGAGAGGCGUCUGAUCACGGAGGGAGAGGUCACCCCGAGCGAGGAGAGCCCUGCUGGAGCCGCGCGUGAGGAUGAGGAUGAGGAUGCCGUCGGUGCGAGUCAGCAGCAUCAACCGGGCGUCCCGGAUCAGCAGACGGGCUUCAUAAAGCUGGAGGGCGUCGAGCUAAUCCCGCCGGACGACGAGAAGUUUUAUCAAGCGGGCUUCAUGCACAGGCAGUUCGGGGCGAUGCUGCAGCCCGGGGUCAACAAGUUUUCCCUGAGGAUGUUUGGGAGCGAGAAGGCGGUGGAACGGGAGCAAGAACGGGUCAAAUCCGCCGGUUUCUGGAUCAUUCACCCCUACAGUGAUUUCAGGUUUUACUGGGAUCUCACCAUGCUCCUCCUGAUGGUGGGAAAUCUCAUCGUCAUCCCCGUGGGCAUCACCUUCUUCAAGGACGAGCACACGCCGCCGUGGAUCGUCUUCAACGUGGUUUCCGACACCUUCUUCCUCUUGGACCUGGUGCUGAACUUCCGCACUGGGAUCGUAAAGGAGGACAACGCGGAGAUCAUUCUGGACCCUCAGCGGAUCAAGAUCAAAUAUCUGCGCUCGUGGUUCGUGGUGGACUUCAUCUCCUCCAUCCCCGUGGACUAUAUCUUCCUCAUUGUGGAGACGCGCAUCGAUUCGGAUUUCUACAAGACGGCGCGAGCUCUGCGCAUCGUACGCUUCGCGAAGAUCCUCAGUCUGCUGCGACUGCUGCGGCUCUCGCGGCUCAUACGCUACAUUCAUCAAUGGGAGGAGAUUUUUCACAUGACCUAUGACCUGGCCAGUGCAAUGGUGCGAAUCGUCAACUUGAUUGGGAUGAUGCUGCUGCUCUGUCACUGGGACGGCUGUCUGCAGUUCCUGGUGCCGAUGCUUCAGGACUUCCCCGCAGACUGCUGGGUGUCCAAGAACAAGAUGGUGAAUGACACGUGGGGUCAGCAGUAUUCUUACGCUCUCUUCAAGGCCAUGAGCCACAUGCUGUGUAUUGGAUAUGGCAUGUAUCCUCCAGUCGGCAUGACGGACGUGUGGCUGACCAUCCUCAGCAUGAUCGUGGGUGCCACCUGCUACGCCAUGUUUGUGGGCCACGCCACGGCGCUUAUCCAGUCGCUGGACUCCUCACGCAGGCAAUAUCAGGAAAAGUACAAGCAGGUGGAGCAGUACAUGUCCUUCCAUAAGCUUCCAGCGGACAUGAGGCAGCGGAUCCACGAUUACUACGAGCACAGAUACCAGGGGAAGAUGUUUGAUGAAGAGAGCAUUCUGGGAGAACUGAAUGAGCCACUGAGAGAGGAGAUCGUGAACUUCAACUGUCGAAAGCUGGUGGCGUCUAUGCCGCUGUUCGCCAACGCGGAUCCCAACUUUGUGACGUCGACGCUCACCAAACUUCGCUUCGAGGUCUUCCAACCUGGAGAUUACAUCAUACGGGAAGGAACCAUCGGAAAGAAGAUGUACUUCAUCCAGCACGGCGUGGUGAGCGUCCUCACCAAAGGAAACAGCGAGACCAAGCUGUCAGACGGAUCUUACUUUGGAGAGAUUUGUCUGCUGACUCGAGGUCGACGCACAGCCAGCGUCCGGGCCGACACAUACUGCCGUCUGUACUCGCUGUCUGUGGACAACUUCAACGAGGUCCUGGAGGAGUAUCCCAUGAUGAGGAGAGCGUUUGAAACCGUUGCUCUGGACCGCCUGGACCGCAUUGGGAAGAAGAACUCUAUUCUCCAGCACAAGGUUCAACAUGAUUUGAAUUCAGGGGUUUUGAACUUCCAGGAAAGUGAGAUCAUCCAGCAGAUCGUGCAGCAUGAUCGUGACAUGGCUCUCUGCGCCAACCUGAUGCAGAGUCCGUCGCCACCUGCUCCUCUGUCCCCUACUCCUGUCAUCUGGGCUCCCCUGAUCCAGGCGCCUCUACAAGCUGCUGCCGCCACCACAUCGGUCGCUAUUGCACUAACCCACCACCCCCACCUCCCUGCCACUCUCUUCCGACCUCCGGUUUCCAUUCUCGGAUCGAGAAGCGAGCCGCCCAGCCAGCUUAGGAGGUUUCAGACAUUCGUACCAAAUUCGGGAGAUCCCGGAUCCACUGGUGACUCUCCAUCGGGUUCCCCAUCAAAGAUUCGUCCAGGAGUCGAUACGUCUCUUCUUGCAUCUCUCCGGACGCAGCACUCAUCAUGCCCCACCAGUUCCAGUCAGCAAACUGGAAUUUCAUUGUUCCCAUUGGGAAGCUUCUCUCCUUUAACUUCCAGCACCGCACAGCUUCAUUCGCAGCCGAGACAAAAGCAAACCGUCGCCCCCAGCACUCCUCCACAAUCAGGACAUCUCCAAAAAGAGGCGUCAGCUGCUAGUGGAUUUCCAGCUGGGAUCCCGGCUACAACCUCAUCAAAUACUAGUCCUCUUUCCACAGGCUUGUUCAGUCAUGCACCCAGUCAGUUGUUGCAAGGCCAACCACCACCAAAACCCUCUCAAACAGGCUCCCUGCAGCAGUUUGCUACCGGAGGGGGCAAGACUUCCACUGUGUUGAACCUCUUCCAAACUCCUCGACCCGGAUCGCCUUCAUCCAGCAGUUCCCAAGCCCCCCAGAGUUCCAUGUCAUCUCAGAUCCCGCCUGCUUUAUCCACCUACCUUCCUUUAGAAAGGUCAGCACUUGCCUCGCUCGCUCAGUACGGCUCAGCGAACGUCUCGCCGUGCUACACCCCUCUGGCCCAAAGUCCGACUAUCCAGAGCCCUGUCAUGGGGAGAACUUUCCACUACAGUGACCCUUCCGGCCCUGCCGGCUCUCACACCUCCCUGUUUCUCCCGCAGUCCUCCUGCCCCGGCCAACUCCCAGGUCACCACUCUUCCGGCACAGACUCUCCGUUGGGCCGCUUCUAUGAGGAAUUGAACAUACUGUCCAGCUCCCAACCUAUAGAGGCAACGGGUCAGUCUUCCCCUCGGGGGCCCGGUUACUGCCUUUCCCCGUAUUCAUCCCCGACUCUAACCCCCAAACCCUGUAGCUCAGUAUCAGGACACAUGGUCGGCCCCGUACAGACUUCUCCGGGCUCUCAAAGCUGUGCUCAUUCUAUAGGGACGUCACCUGCACUUUCUCUCCCAUGCACCUCCAGUGGCCACCCGUCCGAACUAGAACCGCUCCAUUCGAAACUCCCUUCCAAUUUGUGAAGCUAAAUCACACCCUCCUAACUAACUCAGUAAUAGCGAUCUUUCUCUGUGUGGCGUUUGACCUUGUCUUCCGU